AUGGCUACGAGCCUUGAUGACCAUGCCGCCGCCGAGGAUAAGUUCGCGUACACGGCUUCGGAGAUAUUUUCCAUCGUUUCGCCGUACGUAUUCCACACGCACGCCCCGAGAGUUUUCUCGGAAAUUUCCGAGGCUCUGCGGAGGGCCCAGGAUGCCAGCGCGGAGGUGAUGACCCGGCUGGAGGCUUCAGAAACUGCGCAGGAGGAACAGCGGCGCAUGCGGGCGGCGGAAGCUCGGGGUUACGUCUCGAGACUCAGGGAGCUGCAGGCGCUAAUGAAGGCCAGGGUGGAGAGAGAGAUCGAGGGCGCCAAAGCCAGAAAAUCUCUCAAGCGAAAGCUGGAAGAGGAGUGUGUGCGAUCUGCUCGGCUAGAGCAAGGACUGGCCGACGCGGAGGACAAACAAAAACGCCUCCGAAGAAAGUUCGCCUCCGAGAAGAAGGCUCUGGAGCAGUGGUGGCGUUCCACUCUGGAUCAGGCGGUGGUUUCUGCCCGGGAGACGGAGCGGUCAAAGGCAAGCGCAAAGGUUGAGGGUGCGAUGGUCAGGCGAUUGCGGUCCCUGUCCACCGAGGUGGCUACACUCAAAGGAAAGCUCAAGCUUCUGCAGGAGGAAAACGCCACGUACGCGGAAGCUCUCCAUGCCCGCACUCCUCCGCUUUCUUCUGGGCCCCUCAAAGAUGGCCGCGAUCGGCUUCCAAGAUCCGGAUCUUUCGGACGACGGGCCAAGAGUGAGAUCUCUCGGCUAUCCGCUUCCGCGGCCGCUGCUGCCGCCAUGGACGAGAGAAGUACGGCCGGCUCGGAAGAAAACUCGCCUAGGUCCAAGGUGUCGUCGACCCUCACCGAAUUCAUCUCGGGCAUUUCCGAGCGCGGGCUAGACCUCGCCGUGCGAUUGCGGAAGUCCAUCUCGGAGCACGCCUCGGGGCUCGGCUUCUCCCCGCGGGUGUCGCGGCGCCGUCGUUUCUUUAGCGGGGAGGACGAGGAUGAGGAGGGCGAGUACGAGGAGGAUGAGGAGGGGGAUAUCAACGGUGGUGGGAGUGCUGGCUUCGAUGUUGAUUUUUCGUGGCACCCGGGCCACUUCUCGGAGCCGAGCGGCACGCAGGAGCAGGUGCAGCAGACUUGCGCGAUCGUGGUGCCGGGAGAGGGUGCAGCAGGCUUUGCCGAGGGAACGGUAUCGCCAGCAGCAACACCGACAGCAGUAACAUCGGCCACCGGUCGGUACCGAUUGGACCAGCAGGCGACUACUUCUCCUCCUCCUCCUCCUUCUCCUCUGACGGGCGUGUCACCGGCGGCGGCGGACACCCACGCCCCGUCUGUCGCCAAAGAAGGCGCCCAUGCUGGCGGCAAGCGUCGAGGGCUGGGCCCGUUUCGGAGCCCAUUUCGCGGAGCCGUCGUUACGGAAGCUCCGAGUCCCAUCACUCCGGGAUCUGGCAGGACUGCUCUCGAUCCCGCCCGCAACAACAGCGGCGGUGGCGAUCUCUUGGUGAACUCUCCCGCCGGGACGACGGCGGCUCUGAGCGGCCGUCGGCGGCACCAGCGGUCGCUCGGAGGCGGCGCGGCCGGCGGCUCGAACGACCCGUCCCUCCGCGCGCUGCUGGCGUCGGGAGAGUUUUUUCGCUCGACGGAGGGGAGGGUCGAAAGUGCCGGCGGCACCAGCAAUGACAAGCCCUCUCGGGCGUCAGACAAAGACCUCGAGAGGGAGAGAGCAGCUACCACUCGUGAUGCGCGGCAGGCGGAAAGAACCACCCCCCCGGAGCACAUCGGGCGGGGAGAACCGCGUCGCUUCGAGCGAGGCAACGAUAAGAAUCCUGCAGCGGUUGCGGGGCCGCCGCCGGUAGGGGGAGGGAGGGAGGACCAUCCGGUUUGCGGGGCCCCGUCGUCCAUCCACCGGGGUGGUAGCAGCGGGAGCGGGGUUGGGCGAGGUGACCUCGGCGGUGGAUUCGAAGUACAAGGUGUUGGUCAUGGAGGACGGGGGGUCGGGAACUUCGAGGUCGAAGGCGGUGGUUGCGGAGCCCGGCCUUCUUCCUGCGCUGAUUCCGCGGCGGCAGUUGUUGUCGCCGGGGGUUGUGUUCAUGGUGGUGCUGGGGAGGCGGUGACGGGUGUCGUCGUCGAAUGCGACGAGGAGGCGCACGUAUCGGCGGGUCUCGUUGAAGAGGAUGGCCUUGCGGGCGCGAGACGCGACGAGGGUCUCCGCCAUGACCGCCACCACCCUCUAGACACUACCUCCAUCGUCGGUGGUGGUUCGGGUGGCCGGACAAGCGGUAGCUGUAGCAGCGCCGGCGCUUGCGACGCGCGCGGAGAAGGGGGAACGGGAGGAGGAGUCGUCGACCACCGCCGUGCCGGUGGUGACCGAUCGCCGAGAAGAAGAGAGGCGCUUCCGCAGCAAUCCGCGGCAGGACCGGCCUCGGCACCCCCCCCGGAGAACUCUCGCCUCCUCUCGACGACGGCGGCCGUCUCAAGCAACCCGGACAUGGGUCCGCACAGACGGAAACGGCUGGACGACUUGUUCCCGCCCAAUGAUACGAGCGCCGGCGACAUUGCAGCACCAGCGGCGGCGACGGUUGUACCGCGUACUGACGAUGGUGGUGCUGGUGCUGGUGCGGGCAAGGGGACGCAACGCCUGCCCCUGGACGACUUGCUGCGCGACAUGUGGGCGGUGUCCUCCGCGGAGGGGC